AUGUGCCUUGGCUCCCAGUCCCCUUCUCCUUAAGCAAAAUCAAAAGCAAGAGGCUGUACAGAGGAGAAACAGGAUACUGUUCUACUCCGAGGCAAGUGGAACAUGAGCAUGAGUAGCAGGUGGAACGUGAGCCUUGCUGAAGCAGGCGAUCCCUGGGGACAGGCUCUGGAAGCACCAGCUGCAAACGCUUCUGCCCCUGUAACCUCCUCAGCAGGCAACUUCUCCAAUCAGUUCGUACAACCUUCUUGGCGCAUUGCCCUGUGGUCUCUGGCUUAUGGUGGCGUGGUGGCAGUGGCCGUUUUUGGAAAUCUUAUUGUCAUCUGGAUUAUCCUGGCACACAAGCGCAUGAGGACAGUGACAAAUUACUUCCUGGUGAAUCUGGCCUUCUCUGAUGCAUCCAUGGCUGCUUUCAAUACUCUCAUCAACUUCAUCUAUGCGCUGCACAGCGAGUGGUACUUUGGAGAGGCUUACUGCCGCUUCCACAACUUCUUCCCAAUCACAGCCGUCUUCGCCAGCAUCUACUCCAUGACAGCGAUCGCUGUGGACAGAUACAUGGCCAUUAUUGAUCCCUUGAAACCUAGGCUCUCUGCAACUGCUACCAAGGUGGUCAUUGGGAGCAUAUGGAUUUUGGCAUUCCUGUUGGCCUUUCCCCAGUGCCUAUACUCCAUAACCAAGGUGAUGCCUGGGAGAACUCUUUGCUAUGUAGCAUGGCCAGGUGGUCCAAAACAGCAUUUUACGUAUCAUGUUAUUGUGAUUGUGCUGGUCUACUGCUUUCCACUGCUUGUCAUGGGCAUCACUUAUUCCAUGGUGGGAAUUACCCUCUGGGGAGGAGAAAUACCAGGCGACACAUCCAACAAAUAUCAUGAGCAGCUCAAAGCUAAGAGAAAGGUGGUAAAAAUGAUGAUUGUGGUUGUGCUGACAUUUGCUGUCUGCUGGCUACCCUACCACAUUUACUUCAUAAUUACUGGGAUCUAUCAACAAUUAAAUCGGUGGAAAUACAUUCAGCAAAUCUAUUUAGCCAGCUUUUGGCUUGCCAUGAGCUCUACAAUGUACAAUCCCAUUAUCUACUGCUGUCUUAAUAAGAGGUUCCGAGCUGGCUUCAAGCGAGCUUUUCGCUGGUGCCCCUUCAUUGAGGUGUCCAGCUAUGACGAGCUGGAGCUAAAGGUAGCCAGGUUUCACCCCACCCGGCAAAGCAGCCUCUAUGCUGUGUCCAGGAUGGACUCCAGCAUGACAGUGGUGUUUGACACUAAUGAUGGAGACAGCAUACACGUCAGCCGUAAGAAAAAAGCAGCUCCAAGGGACCUGAACUUCAGUGGUUGUUCACAGAGGAAUUCCAGGACUGUCUCCACGGCCUCAAGCCUCAUCAGUUCACUGCACACAUCAGCAGAUGCUUAUUCCUAA